UUGUGACCCAUACCAAAAGAAAUUAGUUAAACAUCGAGAAAUUUGCCCUUUCCUUGCCUCACAGAUCAUUCUAGGGUUCCUAAAAGUUCCCAGUUUUCCUUUUUCUCUUUCCAUUUUUGUUGAGUUUCAGCUCUUUCUUCUCCUCCGCAACUUUGAUAUCUCCCUUUAAUUUAUCCACAUAUCUGUAAAAUUUACCAUUUCCUGAGAUAUCUUAGUCUUAAAUUAAAAUUUUCUUCACUAUAUAGCUUAUCUCUUCUUCAUUUUCUCUGCCGACACUUAAUCUUUCCCUCUCUUCGGUUCCAAUCUUUACAGAUCUUGUGCCAGGAACAAAAAAAGAAUUAAGUCAAAAAGAAGAAAAAUGGUGAGAGGAAAGAUAGAGAUGAAGAAAAUAGAAAACGCUACGAGUAGACAAGUGACUUUCUCAAAAAGAAGAAAUGGUUUGUUGAAGAAAGCUUAUGAGCUCUCAGUACUCUGCGAUGCUCAAGUUUCUCUCAUUGUCUUCUCUCAGAGAGGAAGGCUUUACGAAUUUUCCAACACUGACAUGUCGAAGACGAUCGAACGUUACCGCAAGUACACAAAAGAUCAUGACACCAGCAACCAUGAUUCAGAAAUUUACGUCCAGCGAUUGAAGGAAGAAGCAAGCCACAUGGCCACAAAGAUUGAACUCCUUGAAUUUCACAAGCGGAAGCUACUGGGUCAAGAACUUGCUUCGUGUUCUCUAGAAGAGCUUCAAGAAAUUGAUAGUCAACUCCAAAGAAGUUUGGCCAAGGUUCGAGCAAGAAAGGCGCAAUUGUUCAGGGAGCAGUUGGAGAAGCUAAAAGCAAAGGAGAAACAAUUGUUAGAAGAGAACGUCCGGUUACAUCAAAAGACUGUUAUAGAUCCAUGGAGAGGGUCGAUUGAUCAACAAGAGAAAUUCAGAGUCAUAGAUCUGAAUUUGGAAGUACAAACUGAUUUAGUCAUCGGCUUGCCAGAGAAACACUGCAAAUAACAUUCUUCAACCAAAACAAUAUAAUAUUUUAUGCUUGUAUAUUCAUCAACAAAUCUGUAAAAUUCUUCAAUAAAUUUGCGAGGUAAUGAUUUGUAAUAUUAUCUUAUGAUUUUAAUC